AUGAAGGUUCAGUACUUUGGUAAGUUACAGAGGGAAGUAGCGCGCGGUACUUGCAAAUACAACGCCUUCCAAUUGACAUUCCAUAUUGUUAAUAAUGGGUAGGAUCAACCAACAUUCUCGUCUGGAUUAGAAACCACAUACUGCCAAAACCAUCAAAGCGUCUCAAUUGCCUGUGUUCCUGAAAAAGAGCACAGAUGGAUGAUUGACGCAAGGUUCUAAACGCUCGGAGUUCAGGGGUUACAAUCAAACUAAGGAAAGCUUAAUCAAUUAACCUUAGCAAGUUUAGCGUUACGCCAAAAUCUCAUCAGAACCCAUGUCUCAAAUCUUCUUUCAACUGACUGGACUUGUGAACGAACCAACAACAAAAUAACAACAUAUCAAUCACAAGUUCACAAGGUUAUUGGAUAUCGCCAACAAGAAUCCCAACAUCGAUUUCCAAUUCUAUAUUAUUGCCUGUAGGAAUUUGGGAUACACAUCACCAACAUGUUGAUCCUGUCCAGGCUCCUCUCUACGGAUUCAUCUCCACUCGAUAUGAUGCUCAACUCGAUACUCACUCGACCAAUGGUUUGUGCGGAGUCAUGAAACGAUUUUGAACUAUCAAAGCCAUAUAUAUAUACUUUAGGCCAUAAUUGGUUUCUAUUCAAAUUGUGUAAGUUUGAUAGUCUGAUAUAUGAGUAAAUUUGGAAAACAACAAACAAACUAUUUUCGAAACAGCCUUGUUGAUUUGUUCACAAUCAAAGUAAGGACCUGGUCACGGCUUUCGGAUUGCAAUCAAAGUGAGUGUUUGGAGUGUGUAUAACGUUAACCUCUACCCACUCUUUUCAACGCUUGAACCUAAAGAUAUCCCUUCAAUUUGCUGGAUAAAGGAUGGCGCAGUAAAUUGGCUGCAAACCAUCUGCACCCGUACAAGCUUGGUGGAACGGUACCUAGGUAGGUCGCAUAAAAUAUGACAAGCCUGCUCUAUCCCAUUAUCCGGAUACGGUUCUUCGUGCACAGUGAGUGAAUCCUUGGGAUGGUAUGAUCCACUAUCUGUGCUUGAUAAAUCUUAACUAUUCCCCUCUUUAAGGACUGACUUAUCUAUAUACCUCCUCUCGUUCUUUUGA